GGCCCUAACUAACAACAACUUGGAGGGUGACAUUCCCCCCUUCCUCUCUGCACUCACUGCUCUCACACACCUGUCACUCGGGUCCAACAAGUUCACUUCCACUAUUCCGGCUAAACUCUCCAAGCUUCAAAAGCUCGUCAGACUUGAUCUAUCGCGCAAUCAGAUCUCGGGUUCUCUGUCCCCUCUCACAGCCAUGCCUCAACUGAGGCGAAUCAAUCUGGAAUUCAACUCGUUCGCCUCGAGUCUGCCAAGCUCUAUCUCCAAACUCAAGAAGCUAUCUGAGCUGACUCUCAAUGUCAACCAGAUCAGUGGGUCCAUCCCGCGGGCCAUCUCAGGCCUGACUAGCCUUGUGUAUCUGUCUCUUGGAAUCAACAACAUCACGGGCACCAUACCUUCUGUCAUCGGCUCUCUGAAAAAACUUGUUUUCUUGGAACUAUCGUACAACCCCAUAGCAGGCAGCCUGCCUGCAGCAGUGGGCUCCCUCAAGUCCCUCAAGAUCCUAAACUUGCCCUACAACCAGCUCUCCGGCUCGUUUCCCGGUUUCCUCGCUAACAUCUCGUCCCUCACUUUAAUUGACAUGGCUGGUAACCAGAUCAGCGGCUCCCUUCCAUCCUCGUUAGGAGGCUUCACGAACCUCUACAGACUCUAUCUUGCUGGGAAUCAGCUAUCGGGAUCGCUGCCUGCUUUCUUUUCAAACCUCACAUCUCUGAGUGACGUUGACUUGAGUCGCAACAGCCUCUCUGGCCCGAUCCCUCCCUCUGCUUUCAACUGGUCCCAAUCCUUGUU